UUUGCUGUAGUUGUAUCGACAGUGACAGCGGCAAUAGCUUUAUCGUUAGGCACAGUAGUAGCUGCUGAAAAAUUAUACGAGUUGAUCAAUGCACGGAUUUUCAAGAAUCCAUUAAGCCUGUUUGAUACAACACCUAUCGGUCGUAUUUUGAACAGAGUAUCUAAGGACAUUGAUACUAUUGAUAACGUAUUGCCAUUCAUAUUAAGAUCAACCAUCCAAACUGUAUUUUCGGAUUAUUUGAAUUUUUGGCUGACCUAUGUUUGUGUUUGGGYGCAUGGAUGGCAUCUGUCUUAUUGCAUAAUUACAUGGCAGCAAAUGUUUUUCGAAAUCCAAUGAAAUUUUUUGAUGCUACUCCAACUGGUCGAAUUUUGUCCCGUUUCUCAGGAGACGUAGAAGUUGUUGAUAAACUUUCUCAACAGCUAUCUGAUACAGUUUAUUGUUUCAUGGAUGUACGUGUCAUUUUAUUUUAUUGUAUAAUUUUUGCGACUAGAAUAUUGGUUUAUUAAUUGCUUUGUAAAAAAUGUGUAUCUGUUAAAGCAUCGAUGAUUUAAUACUAAUUUACCUUGUUAUAUACAUUGCUCAUGGAUAAUGCAUUUCUUUGUGAACUACGAGUGUUAAUAGUACUUAUUUGUUUACUAUUUUGUGGUUUAUGGGUUUG